AUGCCUCCGCUAAAGACGGCGGAUGGCAUUGCUGAAUCGACAAAUGAGAAGGUCCAGGCCUUACGCGAAGCCUUCUUUCCUACACCUCCAGAUGCUGAUCUCUCAGACAUCACGAACUCAACGAAAUCCCCGAUUCCCUUCCCACCUAUCACGAAACAAGAACUGACCGAUGCAAUACGGCGAGCACCUCCAAACAAAGCUCCUGGAGCUGACGGCAUUCCAAAUAAGGUGUGGAGACUGCUAGCAGGCGAAUCUGCCUCACAGCGGGUCUUCAUAUCUACCGUUCUCGAUAUAUUUAACGCUUGCUUACGCAUUGGCCAUAACCCCCGGCACUUUCAGACCUCGAUCACAGUGACGCUGAGGAAGGCUGGACCGCGGGACUACCGUCUGCCGAAGGCGUAUAGGCCUGUCGCCCUCCUUAAUACGCUUGGCAAGGUUCUUGAGGCCAUUAUAGCUACUAGAAUCGCCUGGGCUGUUGAAGAGUACCGGCUGUUGCCUGAUACUCACCUUGGGGGCAGGAAAGGCGUCUCUGUGGACCACGCCAUUCAGCUGAUCCUCGAUCGGGUCCACACUGCCUGGGGAAGUGGUAAGAAAGCAAGCAUGCUGCUUCUCGACGUCGCUGGAGCCUACGACAACGUGUCCCACGAACGUCUUCUUCAUAACAUGCGUCAAAUGGGCCUUUCUGAAUUAGUCCCGUGGACUAAGGCCUUUCUCACUGGCCGGAGUACUCGGAUCCGUCUACCCGGCCACCUUAGUGACGAAUUCCCGACCAACACCGGUAUCCCUCAGGGAUCCCCGAUCUCACCAAUCCUUUUCCUGUUAUUCAAUACGCCCCUAGUCAAGAACUGCUCUCUGACCACUGGCUACGGCCGUACCGAAGCAUUUGGCUGGGUGGAUGAUGUCUGCAUUCUAGCUAUCUCAGAUAGCUACGAAGAAAACGUAUGGCUCAUUGAAAAAGCUCUUGAGAGAGCUGACCAGUGGGCCAAACGUCAUGCAGCAAGGUUUGCACCUGAUAAGUUCGAGCUAAUCCACUAUAGCAACCCACGUAUCGCCAUGGAGCCUUCCCCCCAGACGAUCUCUCCGAGUCCUCCCUCCGAAUAUGAUGUCUGGGCCGUCCCCGAUGACCCAUGUGGUCACGAACAAAUGCCAGUGGCAGUACCAGGCGGAGCACCGAUACAAGCAUCAGAACAAGCCAAAUACCUCGGCAUUUGGCUCGACAAACAACUCAAUUUUAGCACGCAUCGCAAAAAGCUUCUUGCUAAGGCCAAUGGCAGCUUAGAGGCCCUCCGGGGCAUAUCAGGGUCUACGUGGGGCGCAUCCUUGAUGUGCAUGCGGAAGCUCUAUCAGGCUGUCAUUGUGCCACAAGCAUUAUGGGGUAUCUCUGCCUGGUAUUGCCCUGCCGCGCGCUCAUUACCAGCUUGGGAAAUGACCCGCUUGGUCAAUGAGCUCACGAAAUUACAGAAACGCGCGGCUAUCCUUAUUAGCGGCGCAUUCAAGAGCAUAUCUACAGCUGCAUUGGACAUUGAGCUCUUUCUCUUGCCGAUGAAAUUGCGACUCCAGCAAAGCAUCGAAGAAUGCGCGAUCCGCAUUCUUACGGGACCUCAAUGGGCCUGCCCCCGAUCGGCAAAAAUGGUUAGGAAGCCGAAGGAACGGCGCAUUGGAGGGUGGGCACCCUUAGAAGCAUUGGUUUGGAAGAAGGGACCACUGAAAACGGACUGUGCGGAGAAAUGGGAAUCAAGAGUUGCAUUUGUGCUGCCACCCUGGGAGAAACGCGUCUCGUGUUUUAUUGAACCCUCGGAGGCUGCACUGGCAACCCAUGACUCUAUUAUCCAACAAAAGACGACACAGGAAGGUGGAGCUUCCUUGAUAUACACCGACGGCAGUGGCUUCGAAGGCCACAUUGGUGCAGCUGCCGUCAAUUUUCAUGACGGUUAUACCGUCAUCUCCGACCGCAGACAUCUCGGCACGGAGAGCCAGUCCACGGUGUACGCUGCAGAGCUCAGCGGCAUCGAGAUGGCAUUGGCUAGGGCCAUCAAAGACAACAAGGAAACAACACCCAUAAAGGCUCGAGAAGUGAUCAUAUUCUCUGACAGCCAGGCUGCUAUCCAAGCAGUGCAGAACCCACAACGACCGUCGGGUCAGUACGCGCUCACACUGAUAUACGCGCACGUACGGACCCUCAGGUCGCAAUUCUUAGCAAAUAUCACCCUCCGUUGGAUCCCCGCUCACGUCGGGGUGCCUGGCAAUGAAGCUGCCGACGACAAUGCGAAAUGCGCGGCCCUCGAAAGUGCGGGAGGUGCGACCAGCGGGGGGACCGGAGCGGAUCAACCGACGAUCCGACUCGCUGCCGCUGCCAAGCGAAUGGUACGGGAGCGGAUCCAGGACCGCUGGAAGAAGCAGUGGGAGAGCGAGAGGACCGCUCAGCCCACGAAGCGCUUGGUGGUGUGGCCAAGCAAGAAGACCCUACGUUUGUACGAAUGCUUGUCGAAGCCACGGUCAUCGAUCAUGAUACAGAUGCGCUCGAUGCGCAUUGCGCUCCGGCACUUCCUGUAUAAGAUCAAUGAAGUGGAGUCUGACAAAUGCCCCUGUGGAGAAGGAUCUCAGACGCCGAGGCAUGUCUUGCUUCAAUGUGAGACGUACGGAGCAUUGAGAAAACGUCUAUUUGACCAGUUGCAUCGAGCAAUUGGACCAUUUGAAAUGUCUAAUUAUGACAACAUUGUCUCUAACCCGCUGGCAACCCGCUGGCAACCCGCUACGUUGCCAAAUUUAUGCACCAAACCGGUCUUCUUGCUCAGUUUCAACAUGCUGAUCAAGAAGAAGGUCAUGGAGCAGAGUCCCGAAGACGCUGGGCACUCACCAAUGCUUGCCAACACCGACGAGGGAGGAGAGAACCUCGAUGAGCUAUUCGAAUACACGCUGCCGGACUAG